AAGAGCGAGUGCGCAUGCGUCGGAGACCAGAGAAAGGCACCCUAGAAUCGGAACGUUUCUUGCUUUUUCGAUGCAAAACAGUAAAGAUAGAGGAAAAUUACGAAAUUUCCGGGAAAAAAGAGGAAUGGAAGAUAGAAAAGGUUGUAUGAUUUUCUUUUAGCUGAGGGAAAAACUAUAUUCUUCCAAAGCAACAAGCCACAAAUUCUGAUUAUUUUGCUGCAAGAAAAAGGCACUUCAAGCUUUCUUAGCUAGGGUUUCAGAAUUUUCCACUCCUCCAAACAACUUCGGAGCUGUAUUUUACGGGGAGAAAAAGCUUUGGGGUUUUCUUUGUUUUUUAAAGCAUCUAUUUCCCUUCCCUUGGAGCUUCGGAAACAGGGAGAGAUAGAGAGAAGCAGGGAAGCAUGUCUUCUUCUUCAGCUACUGUAGCAGUGGAGAAGGCGACCAGCGAUCUUCUCAUGGGCCCUGAUUGGACCAUGAAUAUCGAAAUAUGUGAUUCUGUCAAUUCCAAUCGCUGGCAGCCAAAAGAUGUGGUCAAAGCCGUGAAGAAGAGAUUACAGCAUAAGAGCUCCAAAGUUCAAUUACUCUCUCUGACGCUGCUGGAGACAAUGGUGAAGAACUGUGGUGAGUAUAUCCAUUUUCAAAUUGCUGAGAGGAAUAUACUGGAUGAGAUGAUCAAAAUUGUGAGGAAGAAGGCAGACAUGCAAGUGAGGGAUAAAAUUUUAGUGCUGCUAGACUCAUGGCAAGAGGCAUUUGGUGGGCCAAGUGGAAAGCAUCCUCACUAUUAUUGGGCAUAUGAGGAAUUAAAGAGAUCUGGUGUAGUCUUUCCCAAGCGUUCUCCAGAUGCAGCUCCGAUAUUUACUCCUCCUCCUACCCAUCUUGCUUUAAGACACUUGCAAGCUGGAUAUGGUAUGCCAAGCAAUUCUUCAAAGAGACUUGAUGAAACAAUGGCGACAGAGAUUGAAAGUUUAAGUUUGUCAAGCUUGGAUUCUAUGCGGCAUGUUAUGGAGCUUUUGAGCGACAUGCUACAGGCUGUGAACCCUAAUGAUCGAGCAGCUGUAAAAGAUGAGGUGAUUGUUGACCUCGUUGACCGUUGCCGUACCAACCAGAGAAAAUUGAUGCAGAUGUUAACAACCACUGGGGAUGAGGAGCUUCUUGGGCGAGGCCUUGAAUUAAAUGAUAGUAUUCAAAGUUUGCUUGCAAAGCACGAUGCAAUAGCUUCUGGUGCCCCCCUUCCAUCUCAAUAUGCUAGUUCUAGUGCUCAGUCAACUGGAGCUAGCUUUUCCAGUUUCAAUCCAACAGAAGAGAGGAGCUCCAUCUCUAGAGGCUCUGAUCCAACAUUUAAACCCAACUCUUCUAUCCCAGUUCCUUCCGUAAAAAAAGGCCAGAUUGAUCAGGAGGAGGAAGAAGAGGAUGAAUUUGCACAGCUAGCUCGAAGGCAUUCCAAGGCACAGCCAGUGCCUUCUAAAGAUGCUACAAAUGGAUCAACUGAUGUUUUGGCAACCGUUGAAACCAACAGCUCAACAUCAGAUCCUGCAGCCUCUGUCCCAGUCAGUGCAUUGGCGAUUGUAGAUCAGGCUGCACCAGCUAGCACUUCUAAAGAGCAGGACAUUAUUGACUUGCUGAGUAUCACUUUGUCUACCUCGUCAUCAGCGUCAUCUCCCCAGAUACCUCCUCCUCUGUCAGCCUCCAGCCAGCAAACUGAUACAUCUGUUCCAUCUAGCACGCAAGGCUAUCCCUAUGCUCCCCAGUAUUCUGGAAAUGUGCCUUUUAGCAAUUAUGUUGUUCCUUGGGCUCAACCUGAAUCUAAAUCAGACUCUCAACCUCAACCCCAGUCCCAGCAACAUAUUUAUAGACCUCAAUCCUCACCUCAGCAACUACAUCCACAACAUGAACCCCAACAAUUGCAGCCUCAGCCCUCUCUCCAACCCCAGCAAUCACAGUUUCAGAAUCAACAUCUUCAAUAUCCGCAUCCUGAACCCCAACAGGUACAGUCCCUGCACCAGCCCCAACCCCGACCUCAAUUUCAAUCUCAAACUCAACCCCAACCAAUACAAAUGAUGCAACCUCGACCCCAGUUGCAAUUGCAGAAUCAACAUGUUCAAUACCCCUCAACAUACCCUCCUCCACCAUGGGCUGCCACGCCUGGUUACCCCAGCACUCAAAACCAGUUGUCUUCACCUAAUAUGUUUUUGACUCCUCCAGCCAACACAUCAGCAUGUUAUAGACCAGCCCAAGGAAUCAGGGCCUUGCAAAAUAACAGUUCAUUUUCUUCUAAAGGAACCAGCGGGCCUCUGACUGGAGAUCCUAGGGGAAAUCCUGGACUGGGAAACAAUACCAGUGCUACUGGACAAAAGCCCUUUGUUCCAUCUUACAAAUUGUUUGAAGAUCUGAAUGUCUUUGGGAACACAGAUGGAAGGAUUAAGAUGACCAGCAGUGGCACGUCAUCUAGUUUGUCAGGAACAAUGGGCCCAGGUAUGGUUGGGGGGCGUAAGUGAGACAUUAAUUCUUGAAGGCGAACAUGUGAUGUGAAUAUGGUGUAUAUCAGUAUUGGUAGCUUUUUCACGUUUGCAACAUGUAAGUCAUAUAAGUUGAAAAAGUGACACCUUUCUAUGUCUAAGAUGAUCACAGAUAACACUAGUCACAACCCAUCUUUGUAUUUAGCUGGAGUGUUGCGCAUCCUUGGAACAUUCUUUCAUAUAUGAUUUAGUUUCUCGUGGCUCUCGUUGUGUAA